CGAGACCCGCCAUUCGCUUGGCUCACGCCUUCGCAGUCGCUGGAGUUGCCGCUGCACCGGAAGGGGAGAGUAGGCCGGAGCCGAACUCUUUUCCUGCCAAGAUGUCUAUUGGUGUGCCGAUUAAAGUCCUACACGAGGCUGAGGGUCACAUCGUGACAUGUGAGACAAACACUGGUGAGGUGUAUCGUGGGAAGCUCAUUGAGGCGGAGGACAACAUGAACUGCCAGAUGUCCAACAUCACAGUCACAUACAGAGAUGGCCGAGUGGCACAGCUGGAACAGGUGUACAUCCGUGGCAGCAAGAUCCGUUUUCUCAUUUUGCCUGACAUGCUGAAAAAUGCGCCCAUGUUAAAGAGCAUGAAAAAUAAAAACCAAGGCUCAGGGGCUGGCCGGGGAAAAGCUGCUAUUCUGAAGGCCCAAGGUAUGUGCUCCUCUUGCACUGGUUUUAAUAUUUUUGUCCUGUAUCUUUUAGGGAAGGGCGGGCCCUGUCAAUUGCCUGGGCCUGGGGGUGGACUUGGACUUCAGCCAUCUCCAUACUCACUGCCACCCUACAGCGUUGGGGCCCCCACAUGUGAGGGGCUGAUGGCCUGAUCUUACCUUCUGUCUCUUGUCGUGCCUGAUCACAUUCAUAGGGCUUAUGCAAAAUCCAAAGUGCCUCCUUCGAAAGAAGAAGGGGACUCUUAAGUGAGAGACUGGAUAAGUCUCCUAUAAUGACUUUGUUUCCAGGAAUUCUGUCCAAAGAUUCUGGGGGAGGCUUGCUCUUACUAGUUUGCUGAGCAGGAGCUCUGUGGUGGGGCUUAGUUGACACCUGAGGCAGUGGGGCAACAGUUCACAGAGAGCUCGGGGUGUUUAUUGACACCCAGUAUAAGUGCGGGGGUGGAUGCUGAUGGUAGGGAUCCAUUUUCAUGUAAGAAAUAAACAGUUUUAAGCCAUCUUUACCCAUUAAAGGGACCAGACUUCUGUUUUCUAAUAUUCUUACAUUUGAAAACAAAUCCUUCCUUCAGCAUGUCCGCACUGAUCCAGUGACCUUCCUUAGUCUGGCCU